CAUUCAUCAACACAUGGUCCAGAGUUCGACAUACCUCCCUCAUGGCCUAUCAAGAUAUUGUCCCGUACACUUGUAUUUACAUCGAUGCGGAGGUGUCAGAUUUCAUGUCAGCCAUUAAGGCCUGUCUCUAUGGGUCACCAUAUGGUAGAGAGGACCUGACAGCAAAGAUCUCUACAUUGUUCCACAACCAGUCCAGUCCACAAUACACUCUGCCUUUACUGUCAGUGAGGACAGGACUGGAUAUGUUCCUCAGACUAAAGGCAUUCCCUCAGGGAUCUGAAGUCAUAAUGUCAGCUAUGAACAUUCCAGAUAUGGUGGAAAUUGUGAAGUACCAUGGACUAAUACCUGUUCCUUUGGAUCUGAAUCUCGAUACUUGCGCUCCUAGAGUGGAGCUAUUAGAGAGCUUGAUAACAGAGAAAACUGUUGCUAUGCUUUUAGCGCACAUCUAUGGGAAGAAGUUUGACAUGGCCCCUUUCAUUGAAGUAGGCAGGAAGCAUAACUUGAUUGUACUAGAGGACUGUGCUGAGUGUUUUAAUGGUUUUGAGCAACUCGGACAUCCAGAAACUGAUAUUGCCUUCUUUAGUUUUGGCUCCAUUAAAUUCUACACAGCAUUUGGUGGUGGUAUUGCAAAAAUAAGAGACCAAGCUUUGUUUGAAGAAAUGAGCAACUUUUAUUCUACAUACCCUAAACAGUCUUCUGUGACUUACCUCAAAAAGGUUUUGAAGUUAUUUGUUCCAUACACCUUACUCAACUGUCCCACACUGAUCAAACCAGGGAUGUAUAUUUUCAUGCACUCUUUAAAGCUUGACUGUGAGGGAUUCGUCAUUGGCAUGCUGCGUGGCUUUCCAGACAGACUUAUUGAAAUGAUCCGUCACAGGCCGUGCUUGCCAUUGCUGUACAUGAUGUAUAGAAGGUUGUCAAAGUUUGAUAUCUCUGACUUCAAUAUGAGCCGUAUCAAGGGAGAGUAUGUCAGUGAGAGACUGCCAGAUUCAGUGACACAAGUAGGAAGCCAGGCCGAUGUUAGAAACUUCUGGUUAUUUCCCAUUGUUGUGGAAAAUCCAGACAAUGUGGUCACAAUUCUCAAUGCACUUGGUAUCAAUGCAUACAGAGGCGCAACACAGUUGAAUCUGAUCGAGCCAACCAAUGGAAACUCACACUUAAAGCACCUGCAGAAAUUUGUCUCCCACUUUCCCCACGAAGCCAAGUACCUGCUGGACCACAUAGUGUACUUGCCUGUGAACAAAUCUGUGCCAUUCUAUGAACUGGACAAGAUAUGUGUUGGUGUAAAAAAUGCAAUGAAGAUCUCAGCCGGAGAAAGGAUGCCUCGAGUUAAAGUGAAACUAACUUCCAAAUUAUAGUUUUCUGUAACAGGCAAAAUAAUUACAGGUGUAUAGUGUUCGUAUUCAUGUUUAUUGAUAGUUUUAACAGGCUUUAAUAUAAGCAUUCAAUUUACUGAUAAGUGUUCAUUUUAUAAUGAAUAUAUACUAUUACUGAAGGCAAUGAUGCUACACUACUUGAUAUAACACUAAAUGUUGUUCUGUUUACUAUGUAUUUCGGCCCUUUUCACAUUAAGCAGUAUGCUGAAAGGGACUGGUCCUCUUUGACAGGUCCUGACAUAUAAUUACUCUUCAGGUACAGGAGGUUUUACAGCCUUUCAGAAGUUUUUCCGAAGUUUUAAAUAAUUAAUUGGUUGUGUCAAGCAUGCCCGUCUGUGUUUAGGUGACUCCAGUUAAGUGUGCCUCUGGGUGUGAAAAGGGCCUUAGUCAUGUGAUUGAGUCAUGUGACUGUUUGUCAUGUAUUUAUGAAAGUGACCAUUUGCUUCAUGUAAAAAGUUGUACAACUUUGCCACCCAUUUGUGUGACUGUUUAAUGUAUAUUCAGUGAUGUGGCUUCUUGCCAUAUAUUCGUGUGUUCAUUUUAUAAGGGCUUUACUUGACAUAAAGUAAUGAUAUCAUUUGAUACAUCUCACAUUUUGUUGUUCUAACCAGUAUUGCUUGUCACAUAUUUAUUCAAGUGACACUGUGCCAUAUAUUCAGUAAUGCGACUAAUUGCUUGACAUUUGGGCCAUUGUAUUAUUAUUAUUAUUAUUAUUAUUAUUAUUAUUAUUAUUAUUAUUAUACAUAAUUUGAUACCAAUAACACAAGUAGGCAGCAAUAUUAAACCAAAAUUAUCUCUACUAUGUUCACUAGUACUACAUUUCUGAGUUUACUGGAUACUUUAUUAGCUCCAUUAUAAGCAUAGGCCUCAUAACAAUAAUUGUCGCUUGCGAUCUUGAGCCUUGGAUUUGUGAGCACGAAUGCCAAAUUAAUGACUUAAACCACAAUUUCAGGGCACAAAUGUAAAACUAGUGGUCAUAUCUGUUUUUAAGAAUUAACUUUAAAAAAUAAAUAACAAUCUUAAAAACAAAUCAAACUACCACUCAUUAAAAUGGGAGUAACAUACGCUGUCUUUGUGACCACUAAUUUUACAUUCUUGCCAUGAUAUCCUGCUUUGAGUCGUUAAUUUGGCACAAGUGCACAAAAACUCGAGAUCACAAAUGGCUAAUUCAUUUAUAAGGCCUGAUGCACGUCUCUGUCAGAAACUGGAAAUAGCAGAUCUUGGAUCCACAUGUAUAAUGAGUUUGAAGGUAGGGACAUGCUGAUAAUAGACAACUGCUCCAGUUUUCUCUGAAAUUCAGAGUGCAAGUGGUGAUCAAGUGCUGAAAGAAGUGCUGUGAAUCUGUGACUCUUUAAUUUAGACUGCAUAACAGCAUUGGAAAAAAAGCAACAUACAUGUACAUGUACAUCAGAAGUGAUGAAUCUCAGGGUUGCAUUCAUUUGUUCAAAAGUGACACCUUUAUUUGAACUAUACAAUUCUUUUAUUGAAACUUUUAUCAUUUUGACUGGUUCCAUAAAGCCUUUAACAGUAACCAUUUUUUGUUUAAAUAAAGAAUAUAUUGUAGAAGCUUUCUAGAUCAUAAAAUUUAAAUAAGCAUUAAUUUAGGAAAGCUUAGCGUGUUUUAGCUUUGUCUUCCAAUAUGUUAAAUUUUAUUUAAAACUUUUUAUACCCUUUAAUCAAAUAUAUUUACCAUUUGUAAUUACAGGUAUAAUGUAGAUUCUCAGAUAAUAAAUGACAUAAAAACUA